ACCAUUUAAGUUGAUUUUAAGUUAAAUUAUUAAUUUGAAAUUUAUUAUUUAAUUCUUAUUUUUAAGUAUUAAAAUUGUUUGAUAAAAUUAACUUAAAAUUUAUUUUAAAUCAUCAAAUUGAUAUAUUUAUCUUUAUAAAUUAAAAUUUGGAUAAAGAAGAUCAAAUAACAAUGGAAGUUGUGGAAUAGUAAAAGAGAUCGUGAAAGUAAUUAUGACAAAUAAGAAUAAAAAAGUAAAAUAAAGAUAUAAAUUUAAGAAUAAAUUAAUUAUUUUUAUUUAUUAUUUAAAAUUAUUUUUUACUUUAAUUCAUAUAAUUAAAAUAUUUGAUCAAACAUACUUGAUUUACUGCUGUGGUGCCGCCCCAUUGAAUUACAUAUUCUCAACUAAUCAACUUUACAAGACAGCCAAAUUGGGCCUUGGACCAACUAACUCGUUUUUCAAGUUCGAACUCCAUGCCCACAAGACACUAAGCCUACCGGGCAGGGCCCAAUUAGAUCUCCAUUUAAAUGCACCCAAAUCCAAAAUCUCAACCGCCAAUUCCCUCGCGAAUGUCAGAGAGCGUCUCGCAGCAAUUCUCUCUCUUUCGCUCCCAGAUCAAGAGCAGAAGAUUCGACGAUGGAACUCUACGAAUUCUUGAAUCCGUUUUGGUUUCCAAGGACGUGAGAUCGUUCCUUGAAGUACGAUCGAGCUUGCGAGAGUUCAUGAGAUCUGAAUCUCUCUCUGUUAUUCGUGAAAUUGCAGAGAAAAACGUUGAGCACAAGAUUUUGAUUCUUGAUUUUUUCGUUCGUGCUUUUGCUCUUGCUGGCGAUGUUGAGAGUUGCCUGGCUUUGAGAUAUGAGGCCUUAGUUUUGCGGGAGCUCAAGUCCACAAGUUACCAAUGGCUGCAAGUUUCACAUAUAGAAUGGCUGACCUUUGCAGAGCAGGCACUAGAUAAUGGUUUUUAUUCAGUUGCUGCAAAGAUGAAUGAUAUUGCUGAGCACAGAGCUGACGAGUUAUCUGGAAAUGUGCAAAUUAUUGAAAAAAUUAAGAGACUCAAGGAUGUAGCUCUGGCUUCAGUUGUUUCACUUUCUGUUCAGGCACAGGCAACAGAGCAUUUGAAGAAGAAAAAUCAGAAGAGCAAAAAGAACUUUUUGUUCAAUAAAGGAGCACACUGUUUAGCAAGCACACUGUUCACAAGUGGAAUUAAGAAGCAGAAUGCUCGAAAAUUGCUUGAACACCAAAGGCUGCAGCCGUUUACUUAUCAAUCUUGACGUCCUUGCCAGUUCUCCUUUUGCACAUGGGAGCUUAUCUGACAAAAAAAUUGCGGGCUAUCCCUAGAUGCAAGUCUGUGAUGCUGGAAUUGUGGACAUCCUUUUGUAUAUAUUUCAAAACACUUACCUAACCAAAGAAGAUAGCAAUUUUCCCACAUGGAUGGCUGGCAUUACUAUACCCUAUUGUACCAUGACUGGGACACUUUUUCUCAGAGAUGGGUCACACCUUUAUCUCCUCCUGCCCAAAAACAAUCCGCUCCAUUUUGUUACUGUUUUCUGACUCCCACGUGAUUUGUCACUGUUUUGAAUCUAAACACCGGCUAAUCAAAAGAGGGUAGUUGUAUCAUGAA